AUGUUAAGUGAGAAAGCGAAAGGGAAGCAGAGGGCAAUCGAGCAUUCAGGAGAUGCCAUUGCGUCCUCGUCGGCUCCUACGCCCUCUGAGCUCAUUCGUACACUCGUAGUGCGCUUUACAGAAGGCACUCCAGACCUCAUACUCACCGUCAACAACUCCGACACGGUCCUUGAUGUCAAGAAGAAUAUUCGUCAAGCUCGAGCAGAUCUGAAAGACCGACGCCUGCGACUCAUUCACUCCGGUCGAUUAUUGACCGAUGGUACAUUUCUGUACGCAUGGCUGUUGUCACUCGAAGAAAGGCAGCGAAGAGCCACGUCCGAGAACAGCAUUGGUCCGGAUACAGCCAACUCAACAUGGAUCCAUUGUUCAGUUGGACCCAAGCUAGCGUCAGGCGAAGAAGAGACCGAUGAGGGAAAUACUCAAGUUAGCCAACUACAACCUGUAAGGGGGUUCGAUCGCCUUGCGUCUGUCGGGUUCUCUGAAGCGGACAUCGCCAAUUUUCGUCGGCAAUUCCACAGCCAGUCAUCGGCGAAUUAUCUUGAUGUUGAUUUUGAGACUGAAGAAGAGUAUGACGAGCAUGCCCGUGCGCUCGAGGAACAAUGGAUUGACUCUAUUGACAAUGCGGGCACAGCAAGUCUGUCACAAUCUUCGCCUUCUGCCAAUUCCUCUGUUCUUCAAGGAAUUCUAAUUGGAUUUUUCUUCCCAUUGCUUCCAUUCUUCUUUAUGCGGAGUAAAAAGGCUGCUGUCUUUUGGGAGGAUGGAAACGAAGACGCGCCAACCACGAAUGUUAUAUUUUCACGUCGCAUGCAGAUGGGUUUAGUGGUUGGCUUCCUCGUAAACAUCAUGUUUGGCAUGUGGCGAAUAUUGUUGGAUUCAUCAUAA